CGGCAGAGGCUGCUGUACACAGAGUCCGCCGCGUUCAGCCCGCUCCGGCCCUGCCCACGCUGGGUCCUCGGAGGCCCAGAUACUCUACUAUGAUUAUUACUUUUAAAUACUCAGAAAAAUGAUCCAAAGUGAUAACCAAAGCCAGAACACAGAGGAAAUAAUUAAAGAGCUGUGCACUUCUAAUGGAUUGUCUUAUGAGAAAAUUGAUCAAGAGGGACCAGAAACAUCUACGCUGGAGAUGUUUUUCUCAGGUUAUCCCAAGAUAGUGGGCAUGUCAUUUUUCCCAAAUUUAACAACUCUCACUCUUGUUGGACAAAGCAUUCAGAAGAUUUCAGACCUGGAGUAUUGUCCAUUACUCAAAAACCUAUGGAUUGCUGAAUGUUGCUUAACGAAAAUUGAUGGUCUACAACACUGCACUAAUUUGGAAAAGCUUUACCUGUACUACAAUGAAAUUUCUACAAUUGAAAAUCUGGAGACCCUAAUGAAGCUGGAGGUAAUUUGGUUGAACAAUAACCAAAUUAAGGAGAUACAGGGAUUGCACACUCUGCAGAAUUUAAAGGAGCUCAAUCUGGCUGGAAACUUAAUACAUAAAAUUGGAACUUGCUUUGACCCCAAUGAACAAUUGGAAAGAUUAAACCUCUCUGGUAACAGAAUAUGUUCCUUCAAGGAACUCUCUAAUUUAGCAAGCCUACCGCAUUUAAAAGAUUUGAGUCUGAAUGAUCCUCAGUAUGACCCGAACCCUAUUUGUCUUCUCUGUAAUUAUGCUACACAUGUGCUGUAUCAUAUGCCUCAGCUUCAAAGUCUGGAUACAUAUGAUGUGUCUCAAAAACAAAUCAAGGUCCUGGCAGAGGCUACAGUGAUGAAAAAGAUAAUGUACUAUAACAUGCGUGUAAAGAGUGUUCAUAGGCAGCUCAAUGAGGAGCUUGAAAAGCUAAAAGAAAGAAAAUGCAAACUGCAGAAAUUGCCAGAAGAUCGAAUAAAAUUGUUCAGCUGCAACAUAAAACAUCUGGAACGUGAACUGACAGAGCUGCAGACAUCAGGCAAAAUACAGAAUAACAAAUCUAUUAAAAGUAAAAGGCUGGAAAUUGAAAAAUCAAUUGAUGAUAGCGAGAACACAGAUGAAGCCAGUGAGGAGUCAAGUCUUGAGAAGAAGUUCUUUCUGAAAUUAGAUGCCCUGAGGGAAAGGAUAACAUUCUGGAACAGAAAACUAGAUGAAAUUGAGAGAAUUUACCAGAUGGAAGUUAAAAAAAAGAAGAAAAGCAAUAGCUUAGUAGUGCAGUUUCUGUUGACUGAAUUGGAAACAGUGGGCAACACUCGCUUUGAAGAAGGCUCACCAAGUGAUUCUUGGUUUAAUUCCUGUUAUGAUUUAAUUCUAUCACGAUUUUGUGCCUGGGACUUCAAAGCAUAUGGUAUCACAGGAGUGAAAAUAAAUCGCAUCAUCCGAGUGCACAACCGUAUUCUGAGGAUGAUAUUUGAAGAGAAGUUUCAGAUGUUUUUGGAUAAAGAAGUUUUAAGUGAAACAGAAAACUACAGGAAGAUGCUGGAGUGUCUCUUUUAUGUGUUUGACCCAGACUUGCCAGUUAAGAAAAAGCAACUGCUACAAGUGCUUGAGGAUGGGUUCCAGGCAAUGGAAGAGCACAAGCUUUCAAGAAGAGAAGAAGCUGUUCUCCUCUCUAACAGUUUAAGUAUAUGUGAACGUCCCAGAAUAGAAUUUUUGCAGCAACAAACCAAGGAUGAACGUAAAAAUAGCAAUGAACUUGAGGAACCGUUCAUACGUGGGAAACUCAUAAUUGCAAAAGUUUUUCUUGGACAUAGUGUUCCAGCUCGUGAAAAAGAUCCCAUCAGUCAAGUCAACUAUCCAGGGGCUAAUUCAGUGUUCAGGCCUCGGAAAGAUUUACUAAGUGAUACAUCUGAUGCUGAUGAUGAAAUGUAUUCUUCCAUGGAACAUAGAAACUGUGACUGCCGUCAUCGACAGUGUGAGUGGUUUGUGUUUGAUCACGAACUGGCCUUGCCCGAAUAUGUCGUUGAAUUUGAGUACACUACACUGGUCAAAGUUCAGUCCCUGUUUUCUACGCUCAGCAAUGUAAUUGUAGAAGAAAGAAAGAAAAAUACAGAAGGAUUUAUAUUGUCUAGUGAUUUGCAACGUGAUGAUGAAGUUCUGAACAUGGAGCCUACAGUAAAAGCCAGACCCAAAAUUGUUUGCUUGGAUGAAAAGACAGUGCUUUCAGUUGCUAAGGCCAAUAUUUACAGUCAAAUAGCGGUUCUGAAUUUGCAUGGGAACAGCCUGAGCAAACUGCGGGACAUCUCUAAACUGACAGGGCUUCGAAAACUUAUUGUCAGCUUCAAUGAAUUUACGUGUUUAGAUGAUGUUUACCACUUGCCCAAUCUGGAGUAUUUUGAUGCAAGCCACAACCACGUGAUCACCCUGGAGGGUAUUAGAGGCUUAAGCAAACUGAAGUAUUUAGACUUGAGCUGGAAUCAACUGAAAAAGACUGGAGAGGAAAUAAAUGUCUUACGUAAACACACUUCAAACGUACUCAGUCUUGAUAUCAGACAUAACCCAUGGCAUAAGCCAGUCUCAUUGCGUUUGAGUGUCAUUGGCCGAUUAAAGGCUCUUACUCAUUUAGAUGGAGUCCAGAUUACUGAAGAAGAGGCUGCGGCUGCUGUGUGUUUUAUUGCUGGAUCAAAGAUCUCUCAGGCAUCUCUUUUAGAACAUUCUAGGACUGAUGAAGCUAGACCACGCAUUCUGAGUGUACAUCCUUAUGCCAAAAUUCUGACUCAAAUUAGCAAGAACAAGGUGGAUUCACAAACACAUUUCAAUAGCAGCUGGUAUCCUAGGAUCACGGUCUUAGAUCUGGAUGGGCAACAUCUCUCCAAAAUUGCCAACUUGGAAAAAUUAGAGAAUUUAAGAUGGGCCUCAUUUAGCAACAAUAAUCUCACUAAAAUAGAAGGACUGGAAUCUUGCCUUAAUCUUGAAGAGCUCACUUUAGAUGGAAACUGCAUCUCAAAUCUAGAAGGAAUUUCAAAACUCACCAAACUAACACGACUUAGUGUAAAUAAUAAUCAUCUCACCACCCUGGAAAGAUGCGUUUUUGAAAACUUGUCUCAUCUUCACUACCUCUCUCUUGAGAGCAACAGAAUUACUUCAUUGGUUGGUUUGCAGAGAGCCUACGCACUAAUAGAACUAUACAUCAGCAAUAACUAUGUUUCUACCUACCAAGAGAUAUAUCAUUUAAAGGGUUUAAAUAAUCUGGUCAUGCUGGACAUGUAUGGAAAUCUAAUUGUGUGGAAACAGGAUAACUACCGAUUGUUUGUAAUAUUCCAUCUUCCAUCUCUCAAAGCCUUAGAUGGCACCGCAGUUGAGACAGCAGACAUCGAGGGUGCUAAAGAUUUAUUUGGUGGCAGACUUACCUGUGAUAUGAUUGCAGAAAGACUAGGACAUUCAGACUUCACUAAAAUGCAAGAAUUAAAUUGGACAACCUCUACGAUCAGAACGGUGGAUCUUGUACCAGCAGACCAGUUUAGAAAUGUUUGUAAUGUGAAUUUACAGAACAACAAUCUCAUCUCUUUCAGUGGUUUAAUCUUCUUGCCUAAUGUCAAGAUAUUGUGUCUGAAUUACAAUCACAUUGAAUCAGUCCUGCCCAGACAAAAGCCUCAAAAUCACUUAACAAACAGGCAGCAGUUGUACCAGAAAGUGACCUCUAGUGGCUAUGGACAGCAAGGACCUUCAAAAGGAAGCAGGGAUGCAGGAUUUGGUGAAAAUCUGCCCCCAAUCAUGCAAAGUUUAGAAGUUCUUCAUUUGGGCUACAAUGGAAUUAGUAACUUGGCCCAGCUACAGCUUAGUAGGCUAAAAAAUUUGAAAUUGCUGUUUCUACAGGGUAAUGAAAUCAGUCAAAUCGAAGGACUUGAAGGUCUACAGCUUCUGCAGGAGUUGGUAUUGGAUCAUAACCGUGUCAAAACAAUUGCAGAGGGCUCGUUUGCUAGACAGACCUCCCUUUUGGCACUUCACCUAGAGGAAAACCGACUACGAGAACUGAACAAUUUACAGCCUUUAGUAAAAUUACAGAAACUUUUCCUGGGACUUAAUAAAAUUCAGGAAUUGUCUGAACUGGAAAAACUUGAAGUUGUUCCUAGUCUUAAAGAGCUUUCAAUAUAUGGAAAUCCAGUUACUCGCAAGAUGUCCCAUCGUCCACUGCUUGUGUUUCGAUUGCCCAACCUGCAAGUGUUAGAUGGAAUGACAGUGAGCACGGAGGAGAGAGCAAGAGCUGAGCUUCAUUUAAUAGAACAACAAGGAAUCCCAGUUGCAAACUCCCCUAUGGACUCUGGAUUUCCUGGAUUACCAAUUACCUUUUCAAAACAUCCUCCUGUAAGAGUAACAAAUGUGAAUCUGCUUGAAGGAAUCAACCAUUUAUUUGGAUCUGACCUCAUGCUUCCUCAUGUACUUGAAGAUCCUUUACAGAAUGAGGCAAAUAAAUAUAAGAAAUCUAAGAACCCAGGAAUGGUGACAAUUAAUCCUCGAAGCAUCCAUGCAGAAAUAGCUCUCAGGCAAGUAAAAGGAGCAACAGCUAAUCUUCUAAACCAGUUGACACAACAGAGUGGCACUACCCGAACUGCAUAUGUGCACCAGAACAGCAGAGAAAAUGACGGCAGCUGGAAUUUAAGGAAUGGAAAGUCCUAUCAACUGGUCAUGGAGGAGAGUAUAAGUGAAUCCCACAUUCUAAAGCUGGGCGAGGUCCUUGGAAUUCACAUGAGUGGAACAUAUAAUCAGAUGUUGAAUGUUGUCAUUUCUAAGCCAGUAAUGGCACAUUUAAUUUGCUUAACAGCUGUGAACCAGCUAGUCAUACAUAUGUAGGGUAAAAUUUUCAGAAGCACCUAUGUCACAGGGUCUGCAACUCACCGUUUAGCUCAGCUGAGGAAUUACCUCACCACUGGCCACACCCUAUCUGGCAGUUGCUCAGCCUGUUACUUCAGCCGCUCUGCCAUUAGUCCAAAGCUACUGUGCCUCUCCUUCGUGGCUUAGCACUCUGGCCAAGUCAUCAUCGUCUGCCUCUUCCAGGGUUUUACCAGAGUCGCCUUCCUCAAAGUCUCAGGCAGUCUCCGACUCCACUGUAGUGGCUGUGCCACUCCCACAGUGGCUGGUAGGGGAACCCAGGCCCAUCCUCUACACCAGGUUCUAAUCCACGGACCUUCGUAUCAGCAAUUCAGGUCUAUCGCUCUUGGACUUUGCUGCGUCUUCCCCGGACUGCUUCCUACUCUGCCAUUCUCAGGCUCCUACUACCCCCUUGCAUCAGGGAGCGUGACUGUAGGCUCACCUCCCUGCAACCCCAUUCCAGCCUCGACUCCUAGGCUUUAUAGAAACCCAGUCUGUUCCUGCUCAGGUGAGCUUCCUUCUCAGUCUCAUUGCUCCUUAGCUCGCCAGCAGGUGUGGUGUAAGGCUAAUUGGCCUCUCUUGGCAUUUUUAACUGCAUCCAUGCUUGUGUGGGGUAUGCCCCAUCACAGCACAAGUCGUGAGCUUAAGUCCCAAGUUAAAGUCAAAGGGAUUUAGGCUCCUAAGUGACUUAAGAGCUUUUCAAAAUGGGAUUUAGCCAUCUAAAUCACUUAGACCUUGCAACACUGAGUGAAGCAAUGACUAAAUGCCUUUACAAAUCUAGGCCUACAAAUUUAGGUGCUUUUGAAAAUUUUACUCAUAAUCCUUACUUCAUAGGAUUAGCUAUGAAAGUAUUUGCAGAGCACAGAGGGUGAAAUCCAGGCCCCAGUGAGGUCAAUGGUAAAUUUCCUCCUGAGCUCAGCAAGGCCAGGAUUUCACCCAUAUAUAUAUAUAUGAAGGUGGUUGUUACCUACGCAUAUGAUAGGAAUAAACAUCAAAUUAGUUGAUUUGUUAUUGUGCUGUAAAAUUGAGAGUUAUUGUUUCCAUUACUGCUCUAAAUUAAUUCCUCCUUUAUAAAGCUGUCACUAUGGUUUGACUUUGUAAUGUUUCUUUCUUGCAGGAUGCCAGCCAAUAACCCCUCCAAGCCAAAUCGAAUGUAAACUUCUAUAAGAAAAAUGGACAUGAGUGAAGUAUUGAGUCAAACUCAUCCCUGGUAUUAUUCCAUUGACUUUAGUGGAGUUACACCAUGGAAGAAUUUGUCCUGUUCUGUUUAUAUUCACAGAUGCCAGGGAAAAAAUAAUAAUGAUUGAUACGAAGUGUGAAUUAACGAAUUAAGUUCCUACGGUUGGUGAAGCAAACAUUCAUGCACAUAGAACAUCAUGAUCCAAACAAUGGAUACGCCUUGAGACAAAUACUGCUUUCACUUAUGCUGAUGUAUAUCCAUUGAAUUCAGUGGAAAAGAUCCCCUGAAGUAAUUACUUACUCCAGAUUUACACUGGUGUAGCUGAAGGCAAAAUUUGGUCUCUCCAUCUUUUACAGGAUUUUCUUCAACAACCUCAGGAACUUUCACAAAAAUAUGAAUUAAUUGCUCUUUGAUUUAACUGGAUUGGAAAAAAUCGUAGUAUGGUACGUCAUCUUGCAACAGUAAAUGAGAAGGAACAGUAUCAGUAGAUAAGGGAGCAAUCCUGCAAAUUCUUACUCUGGCAAAACUCCCAUGCAGGAUUUGGGCAACUGAUCUGAAAAUAUGACUGUCAGUCUACCACUUAGUUAUAAGACAUUUUAUCUACAGUGAGCCUUUCGCAUUUACAUGUAUUAAGUGUGGCCACUGAAGUCGGAAGGAGUCAUGCAAGUAUAGCUGAAGCCAGAAUAUGGCCUCUAAUAUUGAGAACCCAAAUGUACCUGUUCCUUAACUUUAUUUUUUAAGUUAUAUUACAGAAAUUUAAAAUACCAGAUGAUAUCACUAGCAUCAGUUAUAAAGCCAUCAAAAUUCCAUUAAACUGGUUUGGUUUUUUAAAAACUUAGUAUGACUGUUUAAAUAAUUAUUUGAGUAAACUGCCAUGUUACACUUUGAAAUUAAAGCAGUGAAAGACAUCAGAGCACGUUUUAAUGUAAUAAAGAAUACCAUUCAGAGCUUCAUGUAAUUUUCACAAUAUAUAUUUUCCAUGUCAGGCCCAAAGUAAAUGGUUACUAAAAUUAUUGCAUUUUCUUAAAAUUUCAUCAGUUAGAUCUGUUAAUAUUUUGGAAAUUCUGGAAUUUUGGAAAUGUGUAAUUCUUGAGAAUUGUAUAUCUUAGAAAAUGUUUAAAAUUAAAAUAUAAUUUUAUUUUUCCUUUGUAAGCACUGUAAAUUUGUAAGAAAGAAUUGGUGUUUCUUACAGUUAAUUAUAAAUGAAUAUAUAGCUGCUAAACACAAAGACUGCUUAUCAGGCCACUACUAUACGCGAUUGUGUCAGAUAGCCCUUUUUGGUGGCAUUUUCCUUUGUUUUUUUGUAGUCAUUUUAAAGAUGUGCAGUUUGCAGGACAGCCACCAGGUGUCUUUGUUGCACUGUGGAUUUUCUAGAGAUUUGCCACAACAUAUUAGUCAUUUAGAAAUUGGAUCAGUUUCUGCUCUGUUACACCCAUGUAAAUCCAGAGUAACUCCACUGAUUUGAGUAGAGUUAUUCUGGAUUGACACUGGGCUAAGGGAGAUCACAGUUUAGGCCGUGCAAUUUACAGGGCAGACUGCUGCAUCUGUG